AUGACAAAUUACCUGAGAUUAUAUUAUAGACAAGAUCCAAACGAAGAUACUCAAUGGAAUGACAUUCUUCGAGAAAAAGGUAUUAUUCCUGAGAAAAAGAAAGAUGUUGAGGUGACGGAGGAGCAGAUUAUUCAAAUAUUGAAAAAUACAAUUGAUCAAAAGACUGGAAAAGUUGCAACAGAUUUUGAAAAUAAAACUUUGGACGAACUCGACGAAUUAGAAGAUGAAGAGGAUGAAAAAGUAUUGCUUGAAUAUCGACGUAAAAGGAUAGCAGAAAUGCAGGAAGUUGCUAGUAAAGCAAAGUAUGGUAGCGUAAUGGAAAUAUCAGCACAAGAUUAUGUACAGGAAGUUAAUCAAGCCGGAAAAGAUGUUUGGGUUAUUCUCCAUUUAUAUAAGUCUGGUAUACCAUUGUGCUCGUUGGUUAAUCGACAUUUAGCAAUAUUAGCAAGAAAAUUUCCAAUGGUUAAAUUUCUGAAAAGUAUAUCAACUACGUGUAUUCCUAAUUUUCCUGAUGCUAAUCUGCCUACAUUAUUUAUUUACAAAAAUGGAAGUAUGGAGAAACAGUUAGUCGGACCUAUAGAAUUAAGAGGCAUGAAACUUUCAAACGAAGUCACUGAGGUCGACGACUUCUUAAAAGGAUGGGUUAACGAGGUCCGUGGGGCAUUACUCGCUUUACCGACCACCUCCGUCUGCGAUACUCACCUUUUCUUCGACUAG